AUGAAAAAAAAACAUAAAAAUGAUGACGAUUUAAAUCAAAAUAAAGAAAAAAAAGAAAAUGCAAAUCACUACAAUGAUAAAUACGAAGAAGAAAGUGAAAAUUCUGAAAAAAAUGUGAGCAGUUUAUCCCCCCUUAUAUAUGCUCAUGAUCAAUUUGAAUCUGAAUCGAAACGAAACAAUAAAAGGGACAGAAUGAAAAAAGAUAAAUCUAAUAUUUUAAAGAGGGAAACAAGUGAUUAUAUUGAUAACUCAAAUUCCUCAUCACAUGAAGGAAGCAAUAGUAACAAUAAAAUGGAUGAUCAAAAAAAAAAAGAAAAAAAAAAAAUGAUAGAAGAAAAAUCAAAGAAAAAGGAAAAGACACGAGAAAAAUAUAUUAAAGAGGAGGAAAGCGGCAUAUUUGAAAAAAACAAAGAGAAAAAAAUAAAAGAAAAUAAAAAUUCCAAUUUUAGUAUUGAUAAUGUAACAACAGAAGAUAUUUUAAAUUAUUUUAUAGACCAUUAUAAUAAUGAAAUAAGUAUAGAACAUGAUGAACUAUGUCAAAUAUUAACAGGUAAAAAAUAUUUUGAUAUAGAAAGAUUAACAAAAAAUUCAGCAGAUAUUACUCAUCAAUCAAUAAUGAUUAAAAGUAUACAAAAAGAAAAGAAACAAUUUUGCAAACAUUGUGGUUAUAUAUUUAAUUAUGAUGAUUAUAAUUAUUUAUUUAUAAAACGCUUUAAUAUGUCAAAAAUAAAUUAUGAUGAUAAUAAUCCAGUUUUAUGUGAAAAUACUAUUAAGUGUAUUUAUUGUGGUUACAUAAUAGAAGAUUUAGAUAUAAAUGAAAAUAUAAAUUAUAAUACAAAUAAUUAUAUUGAGCUGCAUUCGUAUAGAGAAAAGUAUUUAUUUGAUAAUAAUAAAAAAACUUAUUGGCAAAAUAAAAUUGCUACUUUUGAUAAAAAUAUUGAAUUAUUUAAGGAAGGGGAAAGUGGAGCUUAUAAUAUAACUUAUGAAAAAUGCACAGAUUGUGAUCAUGAUUUUCUUUAUUUUGUUAAUAUACAAACUCGAAGUGCUGAUGAAGGAUCCACUAUUAUUUACUUUUGUCCCAAUUGCAAAAAGCAAACAACUGUGAAUAAUUAA